AUGCGGUCCAACGUUUUAUUCUUGGCCAUUGGCCUUCUUGUCACUGACUCUGCGCUAGCCGGCCCUUGCAAGCCCAGGUCUUCCACAUCGGAUACCGCAGCCAUGACCUCGAUCGUUUCUACAACGCAGCCCACUACAACCGCCGCGGAAACCUCUACUACCGUGCCAGUCGCAUCAUCUGAAACAUUCAUCGAGGCGGGCACUACUACCGCGAUUGCUUCGGAUACCGCCACAACAUCGGAGGCUGAGACAACAACCGCUGCCGAGGGCACAACUACCGCAGCUGUAGCAACCCCAACAUUCACCAUCGUCGGCGGCGGUGGUUCUGUCCAAGGUCAACCCCUCAAAGGCGUAGAUCAAGAAGGCACCAUCCUUUUAUUCAACCCUCAAUUUGGGAACAUAGUUACCAGAACAUUCAUUCUCGAUCCCGACACCGGCCGGCUGCGAGAUAAGAACACAGGAACUCUCGUGUGCGCUUACUACGGAUUAACCAACACGCCCUCUGACCCGGCCAAUGUUGGCUACUGCCAGACUGGCAACACCGGCCCUGAUAUGUACUACGACUAUUUGACCUGUCAAGUCGUCAGUGGCAAGCUGACUUGUACGGCACCCAAAGCUGCAUGCCCUACGGAUGACGAUGGCAAUCAGUCCUGUACUACUCAGGCUGGCAGUGAUGUGAACAAUCAGUUCUAUUAUAAGUUUACGCCCAGCGCGGGCGAUUACCUUUAUAUUUCCAGUGGCAGUCCGGGUGGCUAUACAUCUCUUGAUGUCCUUGCCCGGGAGUCAUGA